AUGGACGAGACUACCCCUCUGCUGCUGCAGAAUCAGUCCCACGCGCUGUCCAAACGCCGUCUCCUCGCCGUCUUCCCAGCGCUCGCCCUGAUCCAAUUCACCUCGUUCCUGGACCAGACGGCCGUGUCGACGAGCCUGCCCGCCAUCGCGGCCGCCCUCGACACGGGCGCCUCCAUCUCGCUCGUCGGCGCCAGCUUCCUCAUCACGAGCACCAGCAUCCAGCUCAUCAACGGCCGGCUGUCCGAUAUUGUCGGCCGCCGCGCUGCGCUCGUCGCGGCGCUCGCCAUCAUGGGCGCCGGCAACCUCUGGAGCGGCUUCUGCGCGACGCCGGUGCAGCUGUUUGUCUCGCGCGCGGCCACGGGUUUCGGCGCCGGCGCCAUCAACGCGCUCGUGCAGAUUGCCAUUGCGGACAUUACGAGUCUGGAGCAGCGCGGGUACUACUUUGGUAUGGUGGGCAUGGCGGUCGCGUUUGGCAACGGCCUCGGGCCGGUGGUGGGCGGCGCCUUGACGCAGCACUUUGGCUGGCGGUGGGCAUUUUGGUUCGUCUGCCCGCUGUGCGUCGCUGCAAUUGCCUAUCUGGUGUCUGUGUGGCCUUCGUCUCCAAGGAGUGUCGAAGAUGCGAAUGUUUGCAGUAGGUUGAAGCUUCUUGACUGGCCCGGCGCGGUGGCUAGUUUGGCAGGUAUUUCGCUCAUUCUUAUACCCAUCUCUUUGGGUGGUUCAAAAUUACAAUGGAACUCUGCGACUACUAUAGGCAUGCUCUGUGCCGGAGUCGUCCUUCUCAGCAUCUUCCUGACAAUCGAAUUCCGCUUCGCCAAACUCCCUCUUCUACCCGCGCAACUCUUUCGAUACGGACGAUCCACAAACAUUCUAAUCGGUACCAACAUAAUUAUUGGCUGGAUCUACUGGGGAAAUUUGUUUCUGAUGCCUCUGUACUUUCAAAACGUCCGCGGUGCGAGUCCCGCUCGCGCUGGCACCCUCCUGCUGCCCAUGGUCAUCGCCCAUGGGCUUACGUCUGCCCUGACAGGCAUCAUUAUAUCCGCCACAGGUCGCUACAAGCCAGUUGUCGUUUUUGGAGCAUGUUGCUGGGUCCUUGCUGGAAUUGGAAAACUAAUGUUCAACCAGACAACUGAAAUUUGGAAAGUUGCGCUCGUGGGAGUCCUAGACGGACUGGGCGUCGGCUGUUCUCUCCAGCCUGUUCUUGUGGGAUUGCUUGCAGGUUCUGAUACAGAAAACCGAGCGGUUGUGACCGGUCUGCGCAAUUUCGUCCGCGAUUUGGGCGGCGCAACUGGCACCACGGUCUCUGGCACUAUUUUAACCAACCUGCUCUUCGCACAAUUACAGCACCGCUUCAGCCCCGAGCUGAUCGCCGAGCUAACAUCCUCUGCCUUUGCCUUGAAAGACCUGGAUCUGACCGACUCGGAGAGACGCCUAAUUUCAGGAGCGUAUAUGCAUAGUCUCACUGUUAUAUAUGUCACGUUUGCAGUGCUCGCUUCGAUCCACCUAUGCCUCUGUUUGUUCAUCAAGGACUACGGCUUGAGGCAGCGACAUGGCAAGCAGGUGGCCACCAGAGCAUGCUAG